GCAGCUGGUGUUAUACAUGAAAGCUGCACAGCUCUUAGCAGCCUCUCUGCAUCUCACCAAAGCCCAGAUCAAGUCCAGGAAGCUGAGCCCAUCCACAGCUGUGAAACAAGUAGUCAAAAAUCUGAAUGAACGAUACAAAUUCUGCAUCACCAUGUGCAAGAAACUUACAGAAAAGCUGAAUUGCUUCUUCUCUGACAAACAGAGAUUUAUUGAUGAAAUCAACAGCGUGACUGCAGAAAAACUCAUCUAUACUUGUGCUGUCGAAAUGGUUCAGUCUGCCGCCCUGGAUGAGAUGUUUCAGCAGACCGAAGACAUCAUUUAUCGCUACCAUAAGGCAGCCCUUCUUCUGGAAGGCCUCACUGAGAUUCUCCAGGACCCGGCCGACAUCGAAAAUGUACAUAAAUGUAAGUCGACUUAGAAGACAGACAACCCAGUUGUCUCCUACAGGUGCAGCAGGAGGAGUGACCAGAGUUCGGCACCAUACGGCCUGGGUUUGGAUCUUGGCUUUGGGCCAAUCCCUUACCCUUCCCGUGGUCUGUUUCUUCUUCCAGAAGAUGAGAGAGUUGUUCGAGGGCUCGAGAUAAUGCACGUGAAUCCUG